UUCUUCUUGCUCCAAUCGUCCCAUUGUCUCAAAUCCUUAGAUUGGACGAUCCCUAGUCUCCGCACACUAUUUCCGGUCUCCCGCUGCAGACCCACUUGUAUAUAUUUUUUAAAGUGCCUCCGUUUCCCCAAUUUCCCGCACUUAAGUUUCUUUCGCUCUCCUUCACCUCCCCCACCCUCCCUCCUUCUUUGCCUUUCCCCGAUCUACCCGCAUUCAGCGCCGCAAUGAGUGACCGCGAUUCGCCGGAGCCUCCGUCCCCGUCCCGGCCGGGACUGGGUGACUUGAUCGCGGACAAAAGUUUCCUGACCUCUCGGAAGGGGCUGUUGUUGGCCGCUGAGGUGGUACUGUCCUUCAUCAUCUUCGUGUGCUACCUGGCAUCGUCCGUGGUCUCCCUGAUGACGGCUCCGCUGAUCGAGUUCCUGCUGGCUAUCUGCGCCUACUACAUGUAUGUGACAAAGUUCAUCGAGCGGUUCAGGGGCUUCCACUGUCCCCUGAUGGAUUUCAUCCGCUGUAUCUCUGCUGCCAUCAUUUACUUUGCCAUCUCCAUUUACGCCGUUACUAAAAGCAACUCAGCUUCAAAAGCAGCUGGGAUCUUCGGCUUCGUUGCAACUGUCGUCUUCGCCUUUGACUUCUACGGCAUCUUCAACCAACUGAUUGUCUUCCUGAACCCUCAGGAUCUCCCCACUCACACCGCCACCAUCAGGAAGGCCGCAGGAGACGACGUUGUCCCCUCAGACUCUGACAGCGAGUGAAGACAAGGAGCUUCCCUCCUCUUUCCCCAUCCAUCGCUCACUUCUGCCAGACCAGUGUAAUGUUUACAACAUAUGAUGCUCGUGUGCCAACUCUCACACCUCCUUCCCAACUGUGAACGCGGAUGGUGAGUGGUGGAGAUUUACCCUGGAGAUGUGGGUCAUCCUCACAGGACCUGCUGCCCUGUUUCCGUCUUCUCACACCGCCCUAAAUUGUCCGAACUCCUGUUGCAGGGUUAUGACCUGAAGCGUUGAUGACUCUCUCUCCCCCUCAGAUGAUGCUCGACCCGCAGAGUUGCAUCAGCAGAUUGUCUGUUGCUCCAGAUUCCAGCAACUGCAGACCCUCGUGUCUCCUCGUUCUACAUCUUUCUUGACUUCUGGUCAGUCUAGCUUUGCAAAUGUGUGUGCCAGCAGGAAGCAGAUUGCCCCCCUGUGACCUCCGAAGAAGCACUCAAUGUUAAACCAGAAACCUCAGGUCAAACGUGCCUUGUAUGGAAUCGCUGUGACUCUCUGCUGACCUAACGUUUCUGUGGAUCGAUGGAGCCACAGACAAAUUGUACAA